AUGUCAAGUUCAAGACUCUUAAAACCAGAAACGCAUCGAUAUUAUCUCAUCGAUGAUAACGAGAAUGAGGCAAAUGAAAGUGAUAUUUCAAAUCAGCAGGAAGUUUUAAUAAAUAUUCCUCCUCCUAAAGAUAACUAUCAAAUUGUAUACCUGAUUUUUUUUUUACAAGGCGUGGCAAUGCUUCUAGGAUGGAAUGUAUUUAUCACAGCCUCAGUCUUCUUUCAUUCGAGAUUCCUUGGAUCUCCUUAUUCCGAUAAUUUUCAGAAUUACUUUUCUAUUGUCAAUAUGGGAUCAAAUUUAUUAUUUCUCACCCACGCCUUGCAUACACAAACGACGGCGAAUAUUUCGGCCCGGUUGAUCUUCUCUCUUUUUGUCUCUGCUUUCACUUUCUUCGCUGUAACAGUAUCCACACAAUUCUUAGAACUAUUUACACCAUCAGGAUACUUUUAUUUUGCCAUCACGUUAGUAUUUCUUCUCGGAAUGACAACCGCCUAUCAACAAAAUGCAAUAUUUGGGAUCGUAGCUUUAUUUCCUCCAAAAUAUACUCAAGCCGUAAUGAGUGGUCAAGGUUUAGCCGGCCUUGCUAUAUCACUUUCUCAAAUUUUUAGCGCACUUGCCGUUGAUCAAACAUCAAAUCGAACGCCAACUGGCGAUGAUUUAACGCUCAGUACCUUUAUUUAUUUUCUUUCCGCUUUUGCUGUCAUAGUUUUUUCAUUAGUUUCGUACUUCAUUCUUAUUCGUUUACCCCUUUACAUAUAUCACGUCUCACCAGACUUGAUUUUUGUGAGUCAAGGUGUAGAUAAUUCUUUAAGCGAAAGAUCUUACAGAAAUACAUUUAACAAAAUUAAUAAGCUAAUUUUUGCGGUAGCUUUUGUCUUUUGUGUGACCUUGAGUAUUUAUCCAUCUACAACCUCAUUCAUUAAAUCUGUGGCCCCUGAUGAUAGCAAAAACAAGUUUCAAUACGAUUAUUUAUUUAUACCAUUACAUUUCUUGAUUUUUAAUUUUGGGGAUUUUCUGGGCAGAUAUCUACCAUCACAAGAAGAGCUGGUAAUAACCGAUCAAAAUAAAAUAGCAUUUAUGUCGAUUUGUCGUGUUAUUUUCUUGCCAUUGAUACUGCUGUGCAAUGUGGACUCAGGAUUUCACGGGGAGAGAAGUUUACCAUUGCUAAUAAAUAGCGAUUUAAUAUAUUUUUUAAUUAUAUUUUUGUUUGCUGUUUCUAAUGGUUACGUUGGAUCUUUAGCGAUGAUGGCUGGACCACAAGUGAUGGGUGUUGAAAAGGGUCUUGCAGGAACAUUUUUAUCAUAUUUCUUGGUAGUCGGAUUGACCGUUGGUUCAAUCUUUUCUUUUCCAUUACGAGCUAUCACAUUGAUAUAA